CUCGGAGCGGGGCGGGCGGAGCCGCUGCCGGUGCCGGCCCCGUGGCGGAGCCGGGGUCCCUCCAUGCCGCCAUGGCCCCCCGCGCCCCCCGCGCCCCCCGCGCCCUGGCCCUGCUGCUGGCGAUCGGCGCCCUCGCAUCCGCGUGGCCCCCCCAAAACUCCAGCGUUGGCGAGAGGAGAGCCUGGGAGGGCUCGUUGGAGAGCAGCCCCCCGAAAUGGGACCUGGCGAGUGGAGACCCCCCUGGGGGACCCAGCAACAGCACCAGCGCCGGGGGGGGCCGCGGCAGGACCCCAGCUAGAGCCUCCCGGGGCGGGCACGGCCACCACGGAGCCGUCGGCCAUGCCCGAGGGGUGCCCGGGCUGCGCCGGGGAGGGCGAGGCCAGCGCCGUGCCCCCCCGAGCCGUGACCUGGCCCGGGGUCGGGGGCACGGUGCCGGUGGCCCUCGGCAGCCCCGAGGAGCCGGGGAGCGGUGACCGGCCCACGCCCGCCUCCCCGCCCGGCGCGGGGAGCUUCGGGGGGCUCCCGGCCGCCCCGCCGAGCCCCCCCGGCCCCCAGCUCGCCACCGACUCUGCCGAAUCCGACCUCCUGCUGGCGGCCGGGGGCUCGGCGGCGCCGCGGACCCCCGUGCUGGGCGAGCCCAGCCCCGUGCCCGCCGCCGGGGGGGACUCGGGGGGUCCCCCGGAGCUCUGGGCGGCCGCCUCCAGCCCGGCCCCGGCGCAGGGGGCUCGCGGCUGGACGGAUCUGACGUGGCUGCAGGAGCCCAUCACCGCCGCCACGGGCCCGGCCAAGCCCCCGGCCGACCGGACGGGCUCGGAGAUCAUCGACGUUGACUACUACGACCUGUUCGAGGGGGGCGAGGGACUGGGGGGCUUCCCCGGGGGCGGCCGGGGGGCGGCCGGCUCGGCGCGGCGGCGGGAGCCCGAGGGGGCGGCCACACCCUGGGCCCUCCACGAGCUCUACGACGACUUCACGCCCUUCGACGACGCCGAUUUCUACCCCACCACCUCCUUCUACGCCGAUGGGGACGACGAGGACGAGCUGGAGGACGAGGAGGAAGAGGAGGAGGAGGAAGACGGGGGGCUGGAGGACGAGAACGGCUACCGGCCGCCCACCUCGGCCGCGCCCGGCGCCGCGCCGGCCCCGCAGGACCCCCGGCCCACCGGGCACCGUGCCGCGGCCCCGCCGCCGCCGCCCGGGGUGUCCGGGGGCAGCCCCACGGCCUGGCCGCGGCCGGGGGAGCGGGGCCCGCCCGAGAACGGCUCCGAGUGCCGGAGCGGGUACGUGCGGCACAACAGCUCCUGCCGCUCCCUGUGCGACCUCGUCCCCAGCUACUGCCACAACGGUGGCCAGUGCUACCUGGUGGAGAGCCACGGGGCCUUCUGCCGGUGCAACACGCAGGACUACACGUGGCACAAGGGCACGCGCUGCGAGUCCAUCGUCACCGACUUCCAGGUGAUGUGCGUGGCCGUGGGCUCGGCCGCGCUCGUGGUGCUGCUGCUCUUCAUGCUCACCGUGUUCUUCGCCAAGAAGCUCUACCUGCUCAAGACGGAGAACAGCAAACUGCGCAAGACCAAAUACCGCACCCCGUCCGAGCUGCACAAUGACAACUUCUCCCUCUCCACCAUCGCCGAGGGCUCCCACCCAAACGAUGAUCCCGGCGCUCCCCACAAGCUGCAGGACUCGCUGAAAUCCUGCCUGAAGGACGAGGAGCCGUUUAACAUCCACAACUCGACUUCGCCCAAGCACGACGGCGGCAAAGGGGAGCAGGACGUGGGAGAGCUCAACUGCCUCCAGAACAACCUGACGUGAGAGGCGGGGACGGGAGCGGGAGCGGAGCGGGAGCCAGGCUCCCCCCGCAUCCACAGCCGUCUCCUCCCGCCGCUGUGUCCCUUCCCGCUCCGUGGCAUGCUUUGGUGUGUUUUGUACAGAGGAAAACAAAAAAUCCAGUCAUAAUUCGGCCGUGUCGUGGGGGUGUUUGGUUCGUGCUCCGUGUUUCUCGCUUGGGUUCGUUCCGCGCUGUGAUUUCUAAACCUUUGCCGUUCCGCAACUGACUUUUUUUGUACUUUUGCCCCACUUUUUUUGAAAUACAGGUGAAAACAACAAAAAAGGAGGGAAAAAAAAAAAAGAGGAAUAUCUUGAAAUAAAUAAACCAUUUUUUUUUUAAAGUUAAGCCUCUUGCCGGUGCCUGCGAUCUCCCGACAUGGACAUGGCGGGAUUCAGUCCCUGCUUGCACAGGGUCCCAUCUGAGCGUCACCCGGGGGUGGUGGGUGCCUGGUCCCCCCUUCUCACCCUCUCCAGGCACCUUCCUGCCUCUGCCAGGCCAGGGGUGCAGCACAUCCUGCCACCCCGGACACGCUCGGGAGCAGAUGGGACACCCUGGGAUGUCUGGUGGAGGUGCCUGGGCUGCUCCAGGGUUUGCUCCAUCCCCAUCCCUGUCCCUACCAUGAGUCCCCCCAAACAGUGUGGCUGCACACGGGGUGACGGCUCCCAACCACUCCUGCUCCAACAGCCUCCUUCAGUGGAGCUGACCAGGCUGUCAGCGGGAUUUUGGGUGAGACGCCCCAGGGUUGUCACCCCCCAGCUCCCAGUUUCCAUCUGCAUGGAGAAGAACCGGUGCCACUGUCCCAGUGGCUUUGGCAAGGUCAGGCUGGCCCUGCUGCCAUCCCCCGGGAUCGAGCAUGGAGCGGGGAUCUCUCCCCAGGGAGUCCCAGCACUCCCACCACCCUCCCCUCCAGCCAUGGCUCCGUCUUGCUUCCAGCAGGAACUGAUUUCUUCUGGAGAUGGAUUCAUCCACGAGCCAACACUCUGGGUUCCUUGGGAGAGAGGACACAAAGCCAUUAAUCACCACACAAUAUUAAGUGUGCGGCACGUCAGGGAUGCAGCCGGCGCUCUCCCGGGGCAGGUGGGAGCCAGAGCCGCAGCUCCGCGUGGAUCGGAUGUUCCCGAUGCGUUCUGUGAGCUGCUAAAUAAUUAAUUCUCGGCUUGCUCGGGGAGAUUAAAAACUGAGGAGUGGUGGAGGGAGCCGGCAGUCGAUCCUGGCAGUCACGCGAGGCAGAGCGAGCGGCUCACUGGCACCGGCAGGGUUUGGUCUUUGCCAUUCCCCUUCCAGCACGGAGCUGCAGGACAGGUACAACCAUGGAUAGAGCACUGGGAACGUGGACACAGCAAGAAAAAGGGUGGGGCGGGGGGAGAGAGUUGUGCUGGUGGAGCCAGAGCCCAGCAGAGCAGAGAGGAGAUGCUGAUGCCUGAGGAAACCCCGAGGAAAGGUGGGAUGUCCUGGCAUGGGCAGAGGCUGGGCACAGGCUUCCUGUGGGACGGGGAGGGAGGGAAAGGGAGCUGGAGUGGGAUGAGCAUCGCUGUGAUGGGAGAGGAUCUGUGCUUGUGUGUGAGCAGUGAGGGGAGAAGAAAUGGUUGUGUGAGGAGAGGGAUGUCGGAGGGGAUUGGGAAUGCGAGGAUGAAGUAGCGUUGUGGGUGAUGCAGGGAAGAGGAGGCAGGGGCAGUGCAGGAUGAGGGAGGCCACCCCUCAUCUCCAGCUGCCCUUGGAGGGAAUCAGCAAGGUGGGAUGCAGGGAGACACGGAACGGGAUGGGGCAGCCAAGGAGCGAGUCCACCCAGGGCUGUGUGGUGAGAUCUGGAAACCGUCUGCUCCUCACUGGGAUCCUUCCUCACGGUGCCUGUGGGUCCGGCCGGCUGGACACUGCCUGGGGAGACAUCUGCCAUGGUGUCACCGUGGAGGUGAGGCUGGCACAGCACAGGACAGUGACACCAUGGAGGUGAGGGUGACGUGGCACAGCCCCUCCGUCCCAGCACAGCCCACCCAUCAUGGACAGUGACAUCGUGGAGCUGAGGGUGACACGGCACAGGCCCUCAACCCUGGCACAGCCCAUCCACCCUGGACCUGCCGUGGCCCCACGCAGAGGUGCCCACCUUGGAGCGGUGCCCACAUUCCCUCGCCACCCGUUUUUGUCCCUUCCAAGAAGCCCGGUGUGGUCCGGGUCAGCAGUGGGACCGUCCCCUCCACAAAGGCGGGCGGUGGCUCCUCGGUGCAGGCCCUAUCUCGGAGCUGUGAGGGACGACCCACAGAGGAGUCCUGGAUUCAGGAGCCAUCCUCGGCUGCAGCCGCUCACCCCCACGGGCUGGAGGGACUUACUGGGAUUCAGGACAAAACUGGGUCACAAGGAUUUAAGCAGGUUUAAGGAUGCUCCUGCUCACACACAGGUUGGGAGCGCUGGGGGAUUUGUCGCCCUGUGCCCCUGCUCUGGGGUAUUGUUCUGACCCCAUCAUUCCCCCUGGCUGCUCCCGCUCCCUCAGACCCUACUCACCUUCCUGGCGUGCUCCUGUCUCCCACGGGAAGGCACAGCCUCCGUUCCCUGCCUCGCUCCAGCCGGCCACGAGCCCUGGAGCCCCAUCUGGCUCCGGGGUCAGUGUCCCUCGCCGUGCCUCCAUCUCCCCCGGGGGUACCAGCCCAGCCCCAGCCCGCGGGCUCUUAUCCCCUCUGGCUUUCCCAGAGCAGGGAGGAGCGUGGUCUGGAGGGAUGGAUGGGGUUAUCCGAGGGCUCCCCGCCAGCGCCUGGUCAGACACGGGAAAGGCGAGGAGCAGGCGCUGUGUACCGUGCUCGGAGCCGAUUUCACGGGCCCUGUGGAGGAAUUUGCCUCCCAGCCAGCAGAGCAACACAUGGGCUUUAAUCACAGGCCUAAUCACUGGGAUGGAGAGAGAGGCCGGAGAGCUAUUAAAUUUCAAUGCUUGGUUGGUUUGCUGGGAGGGGAGAUGGCCCGUUGUGGCCAGAAAGGGCUGGCACGGGAUGCGGGCAGGGAAUUGGCAUCGGCAGUGGGCCUGUCCUCCUCUCUCCGCCGUCCUCUUUUCUCUCGCAGACACAUAACAGGAUUAGAGCCACGACCCCGAGACAAGGAGCCUUUCUUCCCUUGACAAACUCCGGCUGCCUGAAACAAAAUAUCCGGAGUCGGGAUUCAUUAGUUGCUCCUUUCACGGGGGAUGCGUUUGUUUAUAUGGAUACGAGCAAGCAAAAAGUAAGAUUUGAAAUGGGAAAAAAUAAAUGUCAAUUUUCUCUAUUUA